CAGCCUUUGUCUCCAACGGGCCGUGAAACGGCCGAGCACCGGGCAUGCCUUUCGUGCCAUGCCAUGUCGGUACCGCCGUUGAUUCGAUGUUUUGGAGUGCGGUCACCGCAUGCUAAGGCAAUCAAUGGCAUCUACGAGUACAUUGGUGCCCACAGUGGACGACCAUGCUACAGACAGACUGGCGUCUCCAGCGGCAACUUUGUGUGGUACUGCCAGGAUGCUUUGGAAGGCGCCAUGUGGGUUGUCACUCAGAACGAUUCUCGGCCAGGGGAAGCGCCGGAAACGGCUGUUGCGAGGGCUCAGCACCUGGGUCGAUGGCCUUGGGAGGUGACUGGCUGGCAAGUUUGUGGCCGAAACGAUAUUUUUCUCGACCAGCCGAAGAUGGCGUUCAGCCUGAUGCUGCCAGCUGCGGAGUUGAUCGUACAGGCGCCGGCCCUGGACGGUGCGGUCUCCACGUGUGGCUUCCGGCGCUCGGGCUUUGUGCACGAGAGGGUGGCCUUCCGGAGGUGGAGGGAGAUUACCCUGGCAUCACAAGCCUUUGGAUCUUCUGGAUGCCCAAGCAGGGUCGGUGGUUGCUGGCCAACGUGAAGCCAGGAGGAACUGGUGUGCAGAGCGUGGUCGCAAGGAGCCUUGCAGAUGAUGGCUCCACUUGGGCAUGUUUCUGGCCGUGGGAGGUGGAAGCAGAAGGUUGGGAAUCGCCAACAGCUGACACCAUUGGUCUGGAAGAUGCGGAUGCAAUCUGGGUUCCGAACCGUGACAUUGCUGUGCGCUUGGCCAGUCCAGCUAUUGUCAUUGGCACAGUGGAUGAUCUUGGAGCCCCUCCGGUCAUCAUUUGUGGCUUUUAUGAACCCCGAGGCAUGGCCAACGGACGGGUGUACUACGUCAUGGUCCCGGAGGACAUAUCCCUGGAAAGGAGCACUGGGCCAAUGUGCCUUUGGUUUGCAGAGUCUGUCGCACACCUCCUCACACUACUGUUCAGCGGUGUUUGGACUGAGCUGGGCUCACGCGGAGCGAGUGGAGCGAAGGUGAUUGAGGAGGGUUGUCCAGGUGGGUCAUCACUGCACCCGAGCUUCUGGGUGACUCCAGCGAAGUCCUGGCGCGGAUCCCCUCCAGAGCCUGGUGGCCCUGGGAGGCGCAUCUCGGUAGCAACACCUGUGCGGCUGGAUUGGGCUCAGCACCCUGGGCGACGAUGCCACCCUGGCAUGGCGGAGCCGCUCUGCUGCGGGGAGCGCGCGUCAACUGGGAGGUGGCUGAUCCGAGUGGCCAGUUCCGUGAGGCCAACGGCAUGGUGGUGGAGAUUGACUGUCCUGACCAGGCGCAGGUGUGGGCCCGCCGCGAAGCGUCCCAUCCCUUCGUGGGCGUCUACGAGCGCUGUGGACUUUUGGCCUCCAGACCGUACUUCUUGCAGACCAGAGCUUCCGCGAAGGAGGCGCGCAAGAAAGGCCGCAUGGAUGGCGAUGUUCCACGCUAUGUGCUUUGGUAUGGUGAGGAUAAUGAGCAGUGGGUCAUCACGGAGGAGUUCCGCCUGAUGGAUGAGCUGGUGGUGGAUGCCCGCUGCAAGGAUAGUGCCUGGAUGCCCUGGCAGGCUGCAACCACCUGGGAGGUCUCAGACGGGGAUCGCGGCUUCGUGUCGGACAUCUAUGUGAGGGUUGAGGAAAUGAUCCCUGCCCCGGAGAUGUGACUGGCCGCUGGCAAAUGUUUCACAAGUAGGGAUUUCACCGCUAGCAUUGCUUGGACGAAAUCCGUUCAACAAUGAGCGAAAAAGAUGAAAUUCCAUCAUCGCAAAAUGGGGAGCACGUGUUGAAGAAGAGAUUUGUUAGGUUGUCGUGACCCGUGCAUGACCCUGCAUUGCUGAUUCCUGCAGAAAGUGGUUUCAGAGGUCAGAACUU